AUGGGAGAGAAUCCAAGAGUAGCUUUGAAGGAGUUGGGAAUUCCCGGUGCUUAUAGGUUUGAGAGUGGCAUUGCUCCACCUACAACACCGGCAAACGAUUUUGAAAUUAGACCGGCCAUUAUUACUUUGAUAGAAAGGAGGCAAUUUAGUGGAGCCAAGAGUGAGAGCCCGUUGAAUAACCUAAAGGAAUUUGAGAAGUAUUGUAAUACUAUCAAGGUGAACGACAUUUCUCAAGAGUUCAUUCGGCUAAAGUUGUUUCCUUUUUCUCUUAUUGGUCGUGCCUUAGAGUGGUUGGAUAAAGAGGUUAAGCUAAAUUCCCUUAGGACAUGGGAUGAAGUCACCAAAGCUUUCUUGUCUCACUUUUACCCACAAAAGAAGACGGUGGAGCCUAGAGCCUUGAUCCAAGGAUUCAAACAAAGGCCUAAUGAGAAUCUCUAUGAAGAAUGGGAGAGGUACAAGGAGUACCAAAGUGAGUGUCCACAUCAUGGAAUUCCUACCUAUCAAGUGAUACAAAUUUUCUAUGGAGGCUUGAGUGCUCAAGGGAAGGAAGUGACGUCGAUCAAAGCAAAGCUUCAGAGUGUUUCUACGAAUUCAUUGAGUCUUCCCUCCCAAUCCAAAGGGAGAGGUACACUUUCUAACUCUUCUUCUUCUACUUCCAAUAACAUGCCAAGUGGUUGUCUAUUUUGUGAUUCUUGUGGAUCUUAUGAUCAUGAUUCUUCCAUGUGUUUUCAAACUUUUGUUGAUGGAUGUGAUGAUGUUGAAAUUAAUGAAUGUGAACAUGUGAACUUUGUGUCUAAUUUCAAUGGUGGUCAAAGGUUUGAUGGACCUAAGAAUUUUAGUAAUAGGAAUUCUCACCCCCAAGGUGGUUUCGAUAACUACAACAAUGGAGGCUAUAGGAACCAAGGAAACCAAGGUUUUCGAGGUAACUAUAACAACCAAGGCUAUAGUAAUCAAAACCAGAGCCAUGGGUAUGGUAACCAAAGUCAAUCUCAAGGCUUUGGUAAUCAUUACCAUAAUGGUGGCAAUAAUAAAGGCCGUGGCAAUUGGAACAACAACCAAAAUCGGGGAAGUUUUCAAAAUAAUAACCAAAGGGGACCCCCACCAGGUUUUGCUCCAAAGCCUCAAGGCAAUGGUGAAAAUUCUUAUUCCCAACCAUCAUCAUUUAAGACAAAUUUGGAAGAAAUGAUUGAUAACCAAACCAAGAUCAUCAACACAUAUAUGGCGGUGAGUGACAAGAAAUUUAAUGAGAUGAUGACUCAUAACAAAAUGCUUGAGACACAAAUAACCCAACUAGCCAACAUUAUAAAGGAUUGUGCUAGUCCAUCCUCUUUGCCUUCUCAAGGAUUGGAACCUAAGAAACCCGUUUAUUCUAUUACCACUAGGAGUGGGAGAGUUCUUAAUGAGGGAGCUUCUAGGUCCAUUGAGGAGGAUGAGGAAAGGAGUGACCCAAGAGUGGAAGUUGAGAAAGUUGAGUCUAAGAGUGUGAGUUAUGAGGAUGUGCAAGAGCAAAAAAGGAGUAGUGAGAAAGAGCGUGAGGAAGUGCGGAGACCCGACCUCCCAGACCCACAAAAAUUCUUGAGGCACAAAAUUGAUGAGCAAUUUGGAAAGUUUAUUGCUAUGCUCAAGGAAGUUCACCUUUCUAUCCCCUUCACCGAUGCAAUUACCCAAAUGCCUAGGUACUCUAAGUUCCUUAAGGAGAUUUUGAGUGGGAAGAGAAUGUGCAAUGAAGUUGAUUCGGUUGAAGUUGGGAGUUGUUGUAGUGCUUUGAUUCAUAAUGAGUUGCCCAAGAAGAUGGAGGAUCCGGGAAACUUCUCUAUUCCAUGUGAGAUCAAAAGGAAAAUGUUUAAUAAUGCUUUUUGUGAUCUUGAAGCAAGUGUGAGCGUCAUGCCUUAUUCAAUUUUCAAGAAACUCGAGCUAGGUGAGCUACUCCCAUCUAACAUAACCCUUCAAUUGGCCGAUCGGACUACUAUGAUUCCAAAGGGGAGAGUUGAGGAUGUUCUUCUUAAGAUAGGAGGGUUCACUAUUCCCGUUGAUUUCAUUGUGCUUGAGAUUGCGGAAGAUGACCCCUAUCAUUUUAGGAAGACCUUUCUUAGCCACUUCGGGAGCCUUAAUAGAUGUGAAAGGAGGCCGUAUUACCUUGAGAAUUGGUAA